AUGUGGCCUUCCAUUCCUCCUCAACAAUGUGUGACUUGGGUCAAAAGGGACACUAAAGAUUUACUCAAGGGUGGUUUGUUUUUACAGUUCAGAAUAGACCAAAAUUUCCACUGCAUUUUUGAUGGUCUUGAGAAGAACAGGAAUGGUAAAUGUUAUCCCAACUUUUCCUCAAAGGAAUACUCUCCCAUCUACUACAAAAUGAUCCAAAUUAUCGAUGAUACCCUCAAGGAUGAAUAUCAUGGCCCUAGAUUGUUAGCACAACUUCAAGAAUGGACAGAAGCUGGAUGGGCUGAAAAUAUCAAGCUCAAUGGUGGUGCAGCAGAGGCGAAACACAAUGAUCUCCAGGUCAUCCUGGACUAA